AAAAUUCUCAUCAAUAAUGUGUGUUAACAAUAUUUGAUGUUGAUGCUAAAUAAAAAUGACGUUGUCGCCUUCGUUGGUUAUGUUGGAUAUUUAUACAGAAGUGUUACAGGCUAAACUACAAACACGUUGUAAUUCCGGAACUCGAUCUUCAAUUUGAAAUAUAAAUCUUUUCGAACAGUUUGGAUAUUAUAGAGUUUGGUGAGUUCGUUUUUGCAGUUAUAUUUGAUGCAGUGCACAAGUAGGCACUGUGAUAAAUGGAUGACCUAGCCCAUUCUAUGGAUUUAUGUUCCAUCCACAAUCAUGAGAGGACGAUAAUUCAUAUAGACAUUGAUUGCUUCUACGCUCAAGUUGAGAUGAUCAAGAAUCCAGCUUUAAGACAUUGCCCGUUAGGGAUUCAACAGAAAAAUAUUAUUGUUACAAGUAAUUAUGUAGCACGAGAAUACGGGAUUCAGAAAUGCAUGCUUAUUAGUGAAGGUUUGCGAUUGUGCCCACAAUUGGUGUUGGUGCGAGGGGAAGAUUUAUAUGAUUAUAGACAAAUGUCUGCCAAAAUUACAAGCCUCUUACACAGGUUCAGCCCUCUAGUCGAAAAACUUGGACUGGAUGAAAAUUUUGUGGACGUUACAGAUUUGGUUGCCGAAAGACUAGAGGAUAGUACUGACCAAAGAAUUGUAGAUGGUUGCGUAUAUGGUGAUUUGAAUGAGAAAUGUGAAUGUGGUUGUAAGAAAAGGUUAUGUAUAGGCUCCUGUAUUGCUGGUGAAGUGAGAAGUGAAAUUUGUAAUAUAUUAGGCAUAACCAGUUGUGCUGGGGUUGCUCAUAAUAAGCUACUUGCAAAACUGGUGUGUGCAACCCAUAAACCAAACCAACAGACUACUGUCUUUCCCUGCAACUCUUUGGCCUUGGUGUCAAGUCUUCAAAAUGUUGGUUGUAUUCCUGGCAUUGGCCACCGCAUGUAUGAAACUUUGCAGUUUCUUGGUAUUUCAAGUGUCACAGAUCUUCACAAUUGUGAUCUUACAUCUCUGCAGGAAGCUCUUGGCAAUGACAUGGCCAUCAAAAUCAAGAAACUUUGUUUUGGUAUCGAUGAUUCACCUGUAAAACAAACAGGUAAACCUCAGUCUAUUGGGUUGGAGGAUGGUUUUAUGAAGGUAUGCUUAGAAAGUGAUGUGAGAGAUAAAUUAGCAACUCUCUUACAAAGACUAUUGAAAUUAUUUUCUCACGAUGGUAGAAUUCCUGGCUCAGUCAGAGUAACUGUACGCAAGUAUGACAGUAUACUGAAAUAUAGUCACAGAAUGAGCAGGCAGUGUAAUGUAACUGCAUCUUUUUUUAGGAAUAGUGCUUCCGACAGAAAUGAACCUAUUUCACCAAAAUCUAAGGAAACUCUUAUAGCUGUGAUUAUGAAGCUGUUUCAUAAAAUGGUUGAUAUAUCUAAACCAUUUCAUCUUACACUUCUGGGUUUAGCAUUUACUAAAUUCCAAGAACGCAAGACUGGCAAGAGUUCAAUUGCAUCUUUUCUGACCAAUGAUAUAUCUGUACAGUCAGUAUUGAGUUUCAAAAGUGUGCUAUCAGAAGCAGAGAAAAUGGAAUAUUCAUGCAUACAUUCACCUCCACAUAUUUGUGUGGAAAAAUCAGAUUCAGAAUCUGAACCAGAACCGUCUCCUAAGAAAAGUCGAACGGGUAAAAAAAGAUUUUCUAGUGAAGAUGAUUCUUUGCCCAACAAACUAAUAUCUGAAGGUUCUUCAGGUGAUUAUGUUGACAAUGCAGUGUGGGAGGACAGUGGCUUAAAAUCUCUUAAUGAACAAGAAUUGGUCACACAAAAAAUACUUGCGGAAGAGUCGACUAGUGGAAUCACAGGAACAAUUUCUCUUGAUUCACGGAUGAAUGCCUGUAGGAGUUCCGAUGGAGUGCUUGAUGUGGCAAAUGACGAGUUCCAGUGUCCACAUAAUAUAGAUGUAGAUGUCUUCCAUGCAUUGCCACAUGACUUAAAGAAAGAACUGAUGGGUGCGUGGAGAAUAGGGAGGGACAAAACAUCUCCAGUUUCUCUGUCUAAAGAAACCAUGUUACAUGCUAAACCAAAACAAAGGUCUAUUUUGCAGUACUUUAUUUCAAACAAGUGAUAUAUUUAUGCCAUUUCAUAUAAAUUAUGGUAAAUUAUGUUGGUACUGCUGUCUCAUUUUUUAACAUUUAUUAUUAUUGAGAAUAAAAUGUAAUGUGUUGGUUUGCAAGAUCAUGAUCCUAUAUAUUUGCUAUGCAUUAACAUUUAUAUAAUAAAGUGAUUGGUUGCGUGACUUCAUCUGUACAGCCAGUUCCUUCCAAUAUUAGACUGUAUCAUUUAUUUGAGUAAUUAUGGUGUAUAGCAUGCCACUCUGUUAAGAUAUAUGUAACAACUGAUGUAAAUAUGUGUACUUGUUGAUAGUCAUAACAGUGCAGCCUUAAAAUUCAAGUUUUUCAGUAUGUUUACAGCAGUGCAGUAUGAAAAAAGCAUUACAAAGAGGAAAAUCUGUGUUUAUUGCAAGUAGAAGUUAAAAUUAUAUGCUGAGAUACCCCAUUGAGUAAAGUGAGUGACUGCCUCUUGGUUGGGCAACUGAUUCGGUUUGAGUAAUGCUGUGAUUUUUCCACCUUGCCACCAUAUGUAGACCAGCACUGAUCCGUCCAUGCUCCUAUUUAGUUGUUACUGGAGGGAAUAAAUCAGCUAGAAUAAGAAGAGCUGACUAGUUACUUCCAUGUAAUGCUGAGAUAAAUGCAUGGAGCUUUACUGCCAAUCCCCCCAUACAUAUUAAUACCAUGGUGAUUAAGUACAGAGAGAACUUCCAACCAGGAUAUGGAUUUGCCAUGCCACUUGAAUAUUGUGACACUGUUCUUCCAUAAUCAUUAAAAGCAUCAGCAACAGGAUCUAACUAAUAAAUUAAACUACCCUUAACAUUA